AUGACAGACCAAAACAAAAGGGUAGACAAGUAAUGCGAAGUAAACAGGGCAAACCCAUUCAAAGAGAAGCCUUAUUAACUUAAACUUUGUUGCACACGCAAAGAAAAAACAGCAAUAACAUGGGAGUUUUUUUAUCAUGCUGCGGUAACAGCGCCGAGGAGACAAAUCUAAUGCCACCUGCGGAGGAGCGACGCAGGCAGCAACUAGAGGCAGCAGAGCGUCGUCGUCUGGAAAACGAAUCACGAGGAGUUAAAAAUCUGGACAAGGUUCGUCGUCAGCAGCAGCGUGCCGCCGAGAUGGAACGUAGAGAGGAUGAGGCAGCACGCCAAGGUGACAACGGCCCGACUCUGCGGUGGCAGGCAAGUUAAGGGCUUGGAAGAAACUCAACCGCAGCUGCCUUUACGGGUUUUUUUGUGCCCAAUUGUUGACUGUGUAUCAAGGCAUUUGUAUUAAUUUGUUUUCAAAUUUGUGUAAAUAUGUACUAUCAAGCUAUAUUUGUGAUUAAGCCCAAUCCCACACAUACCAAAUUUUCGACCAAAAAUAAAAGAUUCUAAAUCGGGCAAA